AUUGUCAGUACUGGCAACGUUGUGUAUUCGUGUAUUGCCGACAUAGUUUUGUGACGGGUCUGAGAGAAGCGGCGGCUUGAGUUAAUGGUGCCUUUUGCGCAAAGUGUAAAAGAACAAUAAUUAAAUUUUUGUGAUUAUACGCAUUUUUUGUUUUUAAACUCAUUUUAUAUGCUAUGGCUUCAAACGGAAUAACACAAGAAGAACGAGAAGAAAUCAAAGAAAGGUUCUGUGAGAUUGAUAAAAAUGGAGAUGGGCACAUAGACUUAAAGGAAUUAAGAGAAGCUUUAGAAUUAUGUGGUCUGAAGAUAGCUGGUUACCAAUCACGCCUUAUUGAAGAGGAGUUCAAAAAUUCCAAUAAAUCAAAAAUAAAUGGUAAAUUGACAUUUGAUGAAUUCGAAAAACUUAUCUGUGAUCUCAAGGCUAAUGAUGUAGCUAACACAUUCCGAACUGCUGUAUCAAAAAGAGAAAACCUGCAGCAUCUUGGAGGGACUUCUGAAGCGUCGAACGAAGGUACAACACAUUCAGUCAGAGUUGAAGAACAAUUAGCGUUUUCUGACUGGAUCAAUUCAAAUUUACAGCAUGAUCCUGACUUAAAGAAACUCUUGCCGAUCGACUCAGAAGGUAGAAACCUCUACGAGAAAGUUAAGGAUGGUAUUUUGCUGUGCAAAGUAAUAAACCAUUCAUGUCCAGAUACAAUUGACGAAAGAGCAAUAAACAAAGAAAAAUUGACAUUGUACACAAAACUAGAAAACCUCACACUCGCCUUAUCAUCUGCCUCUGCAAUUGGUUGUAACGUUAUUAACAUAGACGCACAUAACUUGUCAAAAGGAACACCUCACUUAGUAUUAGGCCUUCUUUGGCAAAUAAUCAGAAUAGGUCUUUUCAACCAGAUCACAUUAGAGCAUUGCCCAGGAUUGACGACGUUGCUCUCUGAUGAUGAAAAGAUUGAUGAUUUGAUGAAAUUAUCUCCAGAAGCUAUCUUGUUGCGAUGGGUGAAUUACCAUUUAGAAAGAGCUGGAACACAUCGUCGUGUUACCAAUUUCCAGAGCGAUAUUGUAGAUUCCGAAGUUUACACUCACCUUCUUAAACAGAUUGCUCCUGCAGAUAUUGAUGUUACCACUGAAGCUCUCUAUGAAAAGGAUUUAAUCAGCAGAGCCGAGAUUAUGUUACAACAGGCUGCUAAACUAAAGUGCAGAGCUUUCGUCACUCCUCAGGAUGUUGUCAACGGAGUUUACAAAUUAAAUUUAGCCUUCGUAGCUAAUUUGUUCAAUAACCAUCCAGCUUUACAUCAAAAUGGAACCGACGGAUUCGAGACCAUUGAAGAAACGAGAGAGGAAAGAACUUACAGAAACUGGAUAAACUCUAUGGGAGUAUCACCUCACGUCAACUGGCUAUAUUCAGAUCUUGCUGAUGGAUUAAUAGUCUUCCAAUUGUACGAUAUAAUUAAACCUGGAACCGUUAAAUGGAACAGAGUACAUCGCAAGUUCACUAACGAGAGAAAGAAAUUCAUGGAGAAGUUAGAAAACUGCAACUAUGCCGUCGAACUUGGCAAAGAGAUUAAAUUCUCUCUUGUCGGUAUUGGAGGACAAGAUAUUAAUGAGGGCAACAUUACAUUGACUCUAGCUUUAAUAUGGCAAUUGAUGAGAGCUUACACAUUGUCAAUUCUCUCCCAGUUAGCAGAUUCUGGUAGUCCCAUCGUAGAAAAAGAAAUUGUAAAUUGGGUUAACAAUAAACUAAGCGGUGCUGGAAAGAAGUCUUCCAUUCGUAAUUUUCUAGAUUCUUCCAUUUCUGAUGGGAAAGUUGUAAUCGACCUUAUCGAUGCUAUUAAACCUGGUGCUAUCAACUAUGAUUUGGUUAAACAGGGAACGACUGAAGAGGAAAAACUGGCGAAUGCGAAAUACGCCAUCUCCAUGUCCCGUAAAGCUGGAGCAAGAGUAUAUGCUCUUCCUGAAGACAUUACAGAAGUGAAACCUAAGAUGGUAAUGACAGUAUUCGCUUGUUUGAUGGCCCUCGACUAUUUACCCAAUAUGGACAGCGCCAGACAGUAAUAUGUUGAUUAAUUUUAUACAUGUUUAGAUUUCACCAUUUGUCGUCACCCUACUAAAGAAAUCAGGUUACCAUUUCAGAUAAUCUACACUAUUGUGUAGUAUUUAUUUCGUUCUUUAUAAACGCAUCAUCUUUUAUAUACUUUAUUUCACGUUAAGCACGGAACGUUUGACUUGUGCAGAACAGUGUUGCCAAAACACUCAGGCACGUGUGGCUAGUAGACUGUCGAUAUACAAUUCAUUCUAAUCAGACGGCGUGGCAUCGGCGCGCUUCUAUCGUCCAUAAGAAAUACGCAGCCCUAUCUCGGCAACGUUCCGUUCUUAACGUGAAACGCUCUAUAGCAUAUAAAUUGAAAGAAAUUUGCUCUGACCUUCUAAAAUGUAUCAAAAUAAAUAAUACAUGUUGACGUCGAUAGAAAGGUGAAAGAUCUACUCAAAUUGCGUUUUAUUUAAUUUUAUUUACUAAUAUAUACUUUUUAAUCAAAAAGAAAAUAGGAGGUUUCUAAGGAAGGUUUAAUAUAUUAUCAAUUUUUUAUUUAUUUCUUAUAUUCGAUUUAUAUUACUAUAUUUUUUUCAUUAUAUUUAUAUAUCAUUUUCCGAAACACCCGACACUGAUGUCAUCUGUCAAGAAAUUCAUUAAGCACUGAAGUUACGGGGUUUACCGGUCAAAUAAUGCCAGUAGUCAAUAUUUAUUUAAUAUUAAAUAUUUAUUUAAUAAAUUUUAUUUAACAUAAUUUUUGACAAACAGUAAUUUUAACACUAAACAACUUGUCUGUUUUGCGAUAAAAAUUAUUAUUUGGAAUAUUUAAAUCGUGCAUACUUCUACUUCUUGUGAUAAACUAUCGUCAGUACUACAACUCCAGUCUGGCGCAGAUGAGUGUAAACACCCACACAGUAUUGCCACUUAAUUCAGUUCUUUUAAACCUAGGUUUUUGUAUGGCUUGUAUUUAACCGAACACUAAUUUAAAAUCGAUAUGAUCUCCAAACGUUUGUCUUUUGGCACCAAAUAUAGGUGACACAUAGGUGAGCACCAACAUUGUAAUACCAAAGUAUUUAUUUUUGAGCGCCAAAGUAGUGAGUUGUGAAGUUUAUUUAUCUAUUUCAGCAGCAACUUAUUAUUCUUGACACAACAAAUCUUACUUGAACACUAAAAUAACCAAGAAUCGGCAUCCAAAUAACUAUUUGUAUAACAAGGGAGUAAAGUGCUACUUUUCCUCCCAAGACUGAAGUUUACUGCAGUAAUCAUUCAGUGGAGGAAAAGGCACUUUACUCCCAUGUUAUACAUAUGAUUUUUCCACCUUCCUCAAAUAACAAAGCAUUUUUUCAUUUUAAAACGUUUUUAUAUACCUGGCUUGCUUGGUGUCACGGCCUCCGCAAAUUUUGUAAUCCAUUUUAAAAAUAGUUCUAGGCUACCUAGGCACCUGUAAUUUUCAGAAUAGCUCAGAGAUGGCUAACAAUGCAAUAUUUAACUGCUAUAAUAUGGAUAAAUCGAGUUUUUUUUAAUUUCAAACUAUUUUAAAAAUGUGACUAAUGGUAUGACAUUUGAGUUCCAUUUUAACGUAAGUUAAGACAUCGAUAGAUGGUAGCUCAGUGGUAGAGGGUUAGACCGGAGAUCGAGAGGUCCUGAGUUCGAAACCAGGCUGUUGUUACCUUUUUUAAUUUUUUUAAUACAAUGUAUUACAAUUAUUAUGUCAUAAUUAAAAGUUUCUUAAAAUUCAUAUUUUAUAAGUUAAUUAUUAUAUAUGCUAUUUUAAACAACCGUGGUAUUAUAAAAAGUACUUUUUUAUACUAGUGUAAUUUUUGGAAUUAUAAUCCGGACUAAGAAUCAAACUCGACGCACUACGUCCACCAAAACUUACCAGAUCAGAAAAUCAACCUCCUGGUGCAAGACAGUUAAAUGUGGGGGAGAGAGUACAAGUAAGGUAUUACCAAGGAAACCAGGAACUUUGGAAAUUUGGCACAAUUGUUAAAAAUUAUGGAUUGUUACAUUACCAAGUCCAACUUGAUAUUGGAUAUUGUCUAAAACGUCACAUUGACCAAAUUCGUAAAACCAUGGUACCUAAAAAGAACGUAACCUUUGUAAACGAACCAGAAGUAAUUAUUGAUCAACCGCAAUAUCAAGAACCUCCCAGAUGAAAAUCACCAGCACAAAUGUAUUUGAACAGAGCGUUAAAUAUGCGUGCUCUGUGAUUUUAUAAGAUAGUGAAUCGGAGUUUUCUUUGAUUUAUAUUAGUUUAAAGUCGAUUACAAAAUUCUUUUAUGACAUAGAAAUUGAAACAACAAAAUAAUUUUAUAUUGGGUCCUAUAAAUAAUAAAAACGUUUUAUUAUAAAAAGUUCUUUGUUAUAAAAGGGAUCAAUUUAAACAUCUUUAUAACAAAAUUCUGUGGCAAAAAGAUUAUUUUUCUAAAGCCAUCUCUUUCUCUCGACACACACACACACAACAAAAUUAAUUAGAGAACUAAAACUAACAAGUAGGUACAGUGUAACUGUCAUAUGUCAAAUAUAAGUCAAAUUAUUAAUGUAAACAUUGUUAAAUCAAAAUAACAAUUUACUGUUUUUUACCAUUCUGCAAAAUACAGGUUCUAUAUAAAUAGGAUUCUAUAAAUAAACGUUAAAAUGUAUAGAUACUUACGUAAUAGAAAAUAGAAUAUUGUAUACGGCGUUAAUAGCUAUUUGUAUAACAAGGGAGGAAAAGGCACUUUACUCCCAUGUUAUACAUAUAAUUUUUCCACCUUCCUCAAAUAUCAAGUAAUUUUUUCAUUUUUAAAUAAUUUAUGUAACUAACUGACAAAAUUUAUUAGAGCACUAAAACUAACAAGUAGCUACAGUAAACAUUGUUAAAUCAAAAUAACAAUUUACUGUUUUUACCAUUCUGCAAAAUACAGGGUGCUCUAUAAAUAAACGUUAAAAUGUAUAAAUACUUACGUAAUAGAUAGUAGAAUAUUGUAUAGGGCAUCAAUAAGUUAUUUCAUCAAUGACAUACCAUGAUGUCACUUUUACUUUUCCUCCAUAUGGAGGAAAAGUACGACUUUGCUCCCUACAAUCAGGUCAGAAAAAGUAUACUUUCGGUAGAGGUAGGUGUAUUUCAUUAAUUACAUACCAUGACGUCACUUUAACUUUUACUCCCUAGGGAGUAAAAGUACUUAGUCUCCCUAGGGAGGAAAAGUACGACUUUGCUCCCUACAGUCCGUUAGUGGCAGGUCACAUGCAAUGUUUGACCUUGUAUACUGUAAUAAUUUCAUCAUCAUUAUCACCAGCCCUUUGCGUCCGCUGCUGGACAUAGGCCUCCCUCAUUUUUGUCAAUUGUGCUCUAUUUUGAGCACUUUGCAUCCAAUUUCUUGAGAUAGUCAGUUGGGGGUCAGAGAAAGACCCCAACGAGUAGGGGUCUUCCUCUACUUCUUUUGUCUAAUCUCGGCCUCCACUCAAGUAAUCUCUUCGUCCAUCUUUGAUCACUGAUUCGGGCGACGUGUCCGGCUCAGUUCCAUUUCAGUGUGUCAAUUCGGGAAGUUACAUCGGUAAUACUUUACAAUAUCACAAUUUGACAACAAAAAACUGAAUUGGCAGUAAAUAUACACCAUAUAUAAUAACACAAAGACAACUACUCUUUUGUUGCACCUUAGGAGCUGGCGUGUUGUGCGCACAUGUUCAUAAUCCGCUUUUAUUUUUUGGUGCGCAAUAUUAUUCCCAAUCAUUAUUUUGGGGUUUGCAUAGUCAGCAUUUAAUUUAACUUCCAGCUCAUUGACUUUUAUUGGAUAUCAGUCAUUGAUUUUGAAGAUUAUUUAAUGUUUUCGAUGUUCUUGUAUUACUUUAGAUGCGGCUUAAAUAUAUACAUUAGCUUCAACAUUCAUAAUUUCUAGUUGGGGUUUUUUGGUGCUUAUUUAUUGUUUGGUUCCCAAAUAUUAUUUUGGAGACAGAGUAUAAAACUUGGUUGGGGCUCAAUAAUUACUUUGGUGGUCAUUUAAAAUAUAGCCUUUUGUACUAUAAAAACUUAACGACUCUGUUUAAGAUUUGGCAUGGCGCGCAGAACACCUUUAAGCACUGUUGCCACAGGACAAACCAAUUUCUACAUACCAUAAAAGAGUGAAAAAUAUCUAAUGUAUCAAUUUUCAAAUGUUUCAAAGUACAAAUUAUUUUUUUAAAAUUUUUGUUUGUUUAUUUAAUUUAAUCAAUCGUAAAAUGCAUGUUUGAUUAUAUACAUGUGACAACUUAAGUUGUAUGAUAUCAGAGUUGGGAGGUUUGAAAAAUGCUUUAAAUUAAUUACACCUUGGACUGGACAACAUGCAUUCCAAAUUUGUGUUUUGAAAAUGUUAUGUGUUAAAAUUUGAUUAAAUCGAAAUUUGUUGAAAAAAUACAUUUAGUAACUAGUCUCCACAAAUUAAGUAUAAAAUACUGAAUUAAGUUUUUCUGGGGGUUUGGUGCAAUAGAUAUUAUUUAAUAUCUUAUUUUGUACAAAAUUCUCUUGCAGCGUCACAAAAUUAUUCCAUUCGCAUUUAUUUUUUUUUUAGAUUAAUGUAACGGAUCUGCGUAUUGUAUGAAGUCAAUAUUUUGAAUUUAUAGUACAAAUCAUAUCAAACUGUAAACGUUUAAAAUAAUUAAUCUCUCAGCUUUCUCAUUAUCAAAGAACGGCGUUUCUCAUUCUGUUAAAUAACAAUAUUUUCAAAAAAGACGCACUUGGGGAGUGCCAACAGAAGUGACAACUUCUUAUCGCGCGUUUUUAAGUAUCGCGAGUAUUCAGUCUGUGGUCCUUGCACCUUGUCGCUCUUUGUGAUUUAGAGAUCAUUAUAAAGGUUGGACAAAGCCAAUCCGUUGGAAUGUGGCCGAUAUCAUAUAGUCUAAGAUACGAUAUAAGGUCGAUUUGUACCGAUCUGUUUAAUGGAUAAACAUUAUUGGAUCUGUAAUUUAGCAUGUUAACAAUUACAAAAAACAAGGGUUCGGUCUAAUCUUGUUCUAACUAUAAUUAAUUUAUAAUUAACAAAUUACAUUUUUUAUAAAUUAAAAUAAAUUCGAGCCGCUCAGAUAUUAUUUCAGAUUUUUUAAGUCGUUCUAAACAAAAAAGGUCUUUUGUAAUUUUUCUCUAAAGUUGAUCGUUUUCUAGUUAUAAACAAUUUAAAACUGAAAAAAUAACGAAAGAUGACGAUUUUCAAGGCUCAAAAACAUAAGUAUAAAAUAUCAUUUUUGAAAUUACGAAGUACCUAAAUUCAAGUUCAAACGUUAUUCUAUCAGUUCUUGAUAAGUCUUUUGGACUUAUUUCAUUCUGAAACAUUGUUUUUUUAGUUGUUAAUGCCCGUCUCCUCAUAAGAAACCUUCCUCAUUAACAAUUAAAAAAAUAUGUUUUAGAAUAAAAAAUGUCUAAAAUUCUUAUUGAGACCUGAUAGAAAAAGGUUUGAACUUGAAUUUAUGUAUUAUAUUUUUUACUUGUGUUUUUGAGCCUCGAAAAUUGUCAUCUUUCGUUCUUUUUUUUUUUAGUUUUAAAUUGUGUAAACUCGAAAACGAUCAACUUUAGAGAAAAAUCACAAAAGACCUUUUUUGUUUAUAAUGAUCCAAAAAAUCUGAUAUAAUAUCUGACCAGGUCGAAUUUUUUUGUUAAAUUCAUAAAAAAAUGUUUAAUUUUUAUUUAUUAAUUAAUUAUAGUUAGAACAAGAUUAUAUCAGACAACCCUUGUUUUUUUUUGUAAUUGUUAACAUGCUAAAUUACAUAUCCAAUAAUUUUUAUCCAUUAAACAGAUCGGUGCAAAUCGACCUUAUAUCAAUUUUUAGGCGUGUCUUAGGUGUUUCUUGUAUAUACUCGAAAUUUCUUGAACCUUUUUAAAGUAAGCCUUUUUUAUAAUAAACUCAUAGGUUUACUAUUGUCAAAUUAGGUCAUCUGGUAUUUAUACCAAUAUUUUCAAGUUUCCAGUCAUUUGUCCAGCGUUACAUACAUUUCUGUAAUUUCAGUAUGGUACUUCAUCCAGUUGCUAGACAUUAUACACUGCGCGUCAUAGAAAACGAGCACCCUAAAAAAUGGGUCAUUUUUGAUGUAGCGUAUCUCCUAAACAUGUCAGAUUUAAGUUACUUUUUGAAUAUGUUAUAGCUUUAUUCUUUAUCAAUAUCCUUGUAAUAAUAUUUUUACUAAACAGGUAAAUUUUCAUUGUAUACCGGGUGUACGAAUCAAACUGUUUUUUCUGAGUUCGCAACACCCUGUGGAAUAUUCUAGCAUUUAUAAAAUACUGAAAUUAAAACCUAACUAUAGCCUUUUGUUUUCUUAACAUUCUGUUUUUUAAUUCAUUCGCUUAUGUGGGACAAUACAAAAGUUAUGUACUUUAACAACUAGUCAUGUUCUUCAUCAGUAUAGGUUGUUUGUAAAUAAGUGCGACCAACUUUAAGGGGUAAUUCUGCAUGAUAAAAUAAUGACCGUUUGCUUUAUAAACUUAUGUCCGCAAAUGCUUCGUUUACGAGAUACGGGAUGUUGAUUUUUUUUAAAACUGAUGAUUUAUUGUAUUGCCCUAAAACCGGUUGAGAUAUGCAAAUGAAAUUUGGUACGUUUUAUGAGAUAUUUAUUGCGAAUUUUUUGACUUGCAAUUAAAAAUUUUAUAUUCACUAUUGGCGUGCAUACGGGUAAUAUGACCCGCAUGCACGCCAAUGGUGAAUAUAAAAUUCUUAAUUGUAUGUCAAAAAAUGUGCAAUAACUACGUCUUAAAACUCACCAAAUUUCAUUUGCACAUCUCAACCGGUUUUAAAGCAAUAAAUAAAUCGUCAGUUUGUAAGAAAAAAUUCAACAUCCCGUAUCUCCAAAACGAAGCAUUUGCGGACAUACGAUUAUUAAACAAACUGUCAUUAUUUUUAAUGCAGAACUACCCCUUAAAGUUUGUCGCACUUGUUUAGAAACACCCUGUACUGAAAAAGAACAUGGCUAGUUGUUAAAGUACCUAACUUUUGUAUUAUUCAACGUAAGCGAAUGAAUAAAAAAAACAGAAUGUUAAUAAGACCUGAGGCUAUAGUUGGGUUUUAAUUUCAGUAUUUUAUAAAUGCUAGGAUAUUCCACAGGUGGUUGCGAACUUUGAGAAAAAAACACAGUUUGAGUCGUACACCCGGUAUACAAUGAAAAUUUACCUAUUUAGCAAAAAUAUUAUUACACUGAUAUUGACAAAGAAUAAGGCUAUAACAUAUUCAAAAAAUCACUUAAAUCGGACAACAGGUUUAGGAGACACGCGACCUCAAAAAUUACCCAUUUUUUAGGGUGUCCUAUGACGCGCAGUGUAGAUAACCGUCCAUCUUCCUAUUUCAGUUAUUUACCUAAUAUAUUCUAGUCAGUCAUAAUGGUCCUUUAAUUGACCAGUUAUACCUAGAUACUUGCAUUCUUCCACUUCAACAAAGCAGUAAAUACUCUGCUUCCAUUAUCUAUAUCUUUUCAUGUUUAGAGUUUAUAUUAUCUUUAAGUAAUAAUCAAUUGGUUUAAAUAGUCUCAGUAAGCUGUUGCUCGUUCUUGUGAUCAAAGCUACAUCAUGGCCUUAGUCGGUGAAGUAACUCAACUUCUGUUAUCGUAGAUCGUCCUUUGUAUCCUGAUUUUACUUAUCCCGUAUCUUGCAUGCAAUAAUAAAUUGAAAAUACCACUUGUUACAAUCUUUGUGCAAUUGAAAUGGUUCUUGCUUGAUUCCUUCUACAGUUUCUCUAGUUAUUGUGAUCUCAAUAUUCAAAUAAUAAAAAAAGAAAAAAACAGUUACCCGAUACAUCUACAGGGUGUUUCAUUAAUAAUUGUCCAUAUAGUAACUGGAGAAACCUUAGCACAAAAUACGAAGAUUUAACCUAAAACACUUAAUAAAAUGUGGUUCCUUAGUUACAGGGUGUUUUAUCUAAAAAUUUAAAAACUAUUUUUGCUCAGCAUUUUAAAACUAUUCAAUGUAUUCUUUUCAUACAUGGCAGGAAGUAUAGGUACUGUACAAGCUAUUAAAUUAUGUUAAACAAACGUUUCUGGCUAUUACCAGAGGCGUACGACGGGGGAAAGUGAAUGGUUGACCCUUUCCAAAUUCUACGCCACUGGCGGAAUUGCUAUUUUAGUUCAAUUUUUGGAUUCUCCAUUACUUUCUAUGAAAAUAAUAUACUCUUCAUUCGUAACGAUAAAGUCAUUAGUUUUCGAGAUCUUAUGAAACGACACGGUUAUUUUGAUUAAUGUAGGGCCGGUACUUUAUGUCCCGGUUAAACCUCGGUUAGCUAACCGGGGUUUAAUCGGGACAGAAAAGUACCUCAUAGGGCCUCUUGCGUUGUAAUAAAAGCAAUUAUAAUUAUUAUUAUAAUUAUUUAUGAAUAUAAUAAUAAGUAUAAUUGCGUUUAUGUCUAUGUUAUGCAUAUAUUUCUGUCCCGAUUAAACCCCGGUUAACUAACCGGCUGUUAACGGAGACAUAAAGUACCGGGCCUUAGUGUGUCGUUUCAUUUUUAAUUUCAAAUAUCUCGAAAACUAAUCAUUUUAGCGUUACGAAUGAAGAGUAUAUUAUUUACAUAAAAAAUAGUGGAAAAUCAAAAAAUUUCACUAAAAUAGCCAUUUCGUCAGUGGCGUAGAAUUUGGAAAGGGUCAACCAGCCACUACCCCCUGUCGUACGCCUCUGGUAGUAGCUAGGAACGUUUAUUUAUCUUAAUUUAGUAGGGUGUACUGUACCUACAUUUUCUGUCAAGUAUGAUUAGGAUACUCCAAAUAGUUUUAAAGUACUGAGUACAAAUAAUUUUUAAAUUUUAAUCAUAUGAAUCAUAUAUCAUAAAUUAUCAAAAUAACUGUGCCGUUUCAUAUUUAACUUCAAAUUAUCUCAAAAACUAAUGACUUUAUCGGUACCAAUGAGGAGUAUAUUAUUUACCUAGAAAGUAUUGGAGAAUCUAAAAAUGGCACUAAAAUAGUAAUUCCUCUAGUGGCGUAGAAUUUGAGAAGGGUCAACCAUCCACUAUCUCCUGUCGUAAGCCUCUGGUAGUAGCUAGAAACGUUUGUUUAUCAUAACUUAGUAGGGUGUAUAGUAGUCGCACUUUCUGCCAAAUAUGAAAUGGAUACGUCGAAUAGUUUUAAAGUGCUAAGCAAAAAUAAAUUUUAAAUUUUUAGAUAAAACACCCUGUAACUCAGUAAUGAACCACAUUUUUUAAGUGUUUUAGGUUAAAUCUUCGUAUUUUGUGCUAAGGUUUCUCCAGUUACUAUAUGGACAAUUAUUAAUGAAACACCCUGUAUAUUGAUUACUAGUUUUGAUUUCUUUUGUAAAAUUAUGUUUUGCGGCUUCACGUAUAAAACAUUCGAGGACCCAUCCUCAUAUGCACACAGUCAUGUCCCUUUGUAAGUGUCUGCAUAUGCAGUCGUGUCCGCGAAUGUGAUAAGAUAAUUCAACUUUUUUGGGUACAACUUUUUUAAACUAAUAUUUAAUAAAUUGUCGUAAAUACGCUUUGCUAUGAGUAAGUUGCUUGAUUGAACAAAAUGUUCGAAAUAUUCAUACUUUCCUGCAAAUGUGCAGAUUCAAAUUUGUGCUAUAACAACUAAAGUCAUGAUUUUACUAUCUUACAUUAUUAAUUAACGUUUUAUAAUCUGGCUCUAUGCUAUACCAAACUAAGUGCCAUUUACAACAUAAGUAUAGGUACACUAAAAGUGUAGUUCCAAUAAAAAAUAGUAUUAUAUUAAGCAUUUAUACUUUGGGUAACUUUAUACAUUUUCAGUAAACUGUUAUUUGCUUCAAUAAAUGCAAUAGGUAGUA